AUGGGUACUACCGAUAAAGAAGUUCUUGUUGGUGAAUUUCAAAAAUUACUUGGAGACCAACUCGAUGCUACUGAAUGUGCUUUCUUCUUGGAUAUGAACAACUGGAAUUUGCAAGCAGCUAUUUGCUCUUACUAUGAUAUUCAGCAACCCAGAACCAGCUUACCGUCCAUGUCUUUUGUUAAAGAUGUCACAGUUGGAGAGGGAGAGUCUGUACCUCCAAAUACAAAAUUCACAAAAACUUGGCGGUUACAGAAUUCAGGAGAGGAUAGUUGGCCCAGUGGUUGCUGCUUAAAAUUUUACUAUGGUGAUCAAAUGACUCAUGUAGACAGAGUAAUGUCUGGUAGCCUUGGUCCUGGCCAGAUGACUGACAUCAGUGUAGAUAUGGUGAGCCCAUCAAAGACAGGAAUCUACCAGGGACAAUGGCGCAUGAUUACACCAUCUGGUUCUUAUUUUGGAGAAGUUAUCUGGGUUAUAAUAAAUGUAGAUGAAGGUGGUUUAUUAGCUGUCACUCAACAAAUGUCCAGAUUUGAGUUUGGUAGACAACCAGUGCAGAAUCCCCCAAAUCCUUUUGGCAGCAGCUUACCAAAGAUAAAUAAUACGAUGGAAUCUUCACAAUUAAAUGACAUACAUUCCCAGCAUGUUAAUCAUUAUAAUAAUUCCUCACACAACUCUGACCAAGUUGUUUUACAUCCAGCAUCCAGUCAGCAGCUGCCCCUUCAUUCAUAUAUUACUCCUGAGUCAUCUCCAAAAUCCACAAAUGUUGAAGAUGAGAGUCAAGAAAUGAUGAUAUCCUAG